AUGAGCUCGCUGGCGAAUCAGGUGGAAUUCUUGCACAAACAAUACUCUCUGGGCAAUUCGCACCGGUUUACGAGUCUUCUGGACUGCGGACUCAUCAACAAUCACGACUACUUCAUGGUCCUUCAAAACAGACCCGGACCCACUCUUAAAGUAUAAAUUCUCUCUGAAAAUGUGUAAAAUCCGUGAAACGCGAUAUUUCAGGCUCUUCUGGAAGCGGCGCCGUCGGCCCAAUUGGCCCCUACGUCCGCCGCGUUCAUCGCCAUCGAUCUGAUCAGCACCGCCGAACUUUUGGCCUCUACCGGCUACGUUUUACGCAAUUUCGACGCGAAACAGUGGAAAUUCGACGUCAAAUCCAGAAUGUUUAUAAGAUCCAGUUUUUUUAGGAAUGUGGGAAAAAUGGGUAGAAGGGAAAGGUGGUCCUUAUUUGGGGUCCAACCAUUUCACACUAUGUAGCCGUUCUCGUCGUUGCCAAUAGAAGCCUGCGUGAGUCGGAGCACGAGACCGUUGCGCAGGACCAGGUCGUUGGCGUGGAUGAUGUUCGAGGUGAACAACUGGCGGUAACCCCUCAGAAUCACUCGUCCGAAUUCCGCAAAAUAUGUGGCAUGCCUGAAAAAGAGGCGUUUACGAGUCAAUGCGCACAAACAACGUAAUAAUGUUUUCCAGAAGGGCAAGAAGAUUCCCUCGUCGAACUUUGUGUUCAAGGCGCCCGGAACGCUCAAGAUCAAGAAGGUGACGAAGGAGGAGGCGGCGACGUACGACUACAUCGAACUCGUGAAACCGCCGCCACCACCACCGGGCGUCCACGUGGAUCCCUUCCCGAGAGGAUUCGAUCUUUCCGUCCAGAAGUAG